GGAUGGCGGAGGGAUGGGGUCCGGAGCAUCUCGGCUGCGGUGUUUUUGUCUGUCAGUGAGCGCUCCAGGGCGGACAGGGCUGCGAGGAGAACCGAAGGACGGGUGCUGACUGUAAAAGGGCAAGAAGAAGAAAGAAGAGCGAGGAGCCUGGGGAGGAGACGGCACAUCCUCACAGCGCAAGCAGCUGGUGGGAGUUUUUGCAUGACUGAGAGGAAGCCACACCCUCAUCAUGGCUCAAGUGCUGCACAUGGACCCCGGUUUCCCAGGGAAACUCAACCCGCCUGCUCCUCCAUCACUGCACACCAAAGAACAGGAGGCGCCUUACUCAGUGGAGACCCCCUAUGGCUACCGUCUGGACCUAGACUUCCUCAAAUAUGUUAACGACAUAGAAAAGGGGAACACAAUCAAGAAGGUGCCUAUACAACGUCGGCCACGCUAUGGCUCCCUGCCUCGUGGCUACGGCUACGCCGGCUCCUGGUGGACCUCCACAGAGUCUCUGUGCUCUAACGCCAGUGUGGACAGCCGGCAUUCCUCGUACUCUUACUGCGCCCCGGGUUACCACACGUCACAGAGGCCCAGUUUUAGUACUGCUCGUGUGGAGAAGACCCUUUUAGAUGCUCGCAGGAAGCUGGAGGAAGAGAAAGAAGGGCGAAGAUUCUCCAACCUGGGCAGCAUGCACAGCAGUGUGGUGGGCUCGAACACCUCCAUCAGCAGUGCACACAGCUUCAAUCGGGCUCAAGGUGGAGGGGGGUCCUUCACUCCAAUAAGCUCUGGCCUGUCCACACCAGUAACUCCAACCCCCGCCCACUUACAACAUGUCCGAGAGCAGAUGGCUGCAGCUCUCAGGAAGAUAAAGGAGCUUGAGGACCAGGUGAAGACCAUCCCUGUGCUGCAGGUUAAAAUCUCUGUGCUGCAGGAGGAGAAGAGGCAGCUCAGCGUUCAGCUAAAGAGCCAAAAGUUUCUCGGCCACACGCUGGGUUUUAGCCGAGGUCGUACACGUGGGGAGCUCUACAUAGACAUUCCUGAAGAGGAUGUGCGCACUGGAGCUAAGAUUAUCAACAAAACAGCCGAGCCUAUAUCUCCAUCCACUGCUGAAGCCUCCAAGCAAGACUCGGGUUGUGAAAUUGAAGAUACGGUGAUCGUUGGUGGAGCCCGACCAGAUUCAAAGAGGGAAGUACGCACCAUUGGUGUGGGGCCAGAGGGCUGUAGGAGCAGUCGUGAUGUGGGAGUCUGGGUUCGGGAGAAGGAUCUGGGUCUGCUCUCUGAGACGGAAACUCUUAAAGAUCAUGUAGGUCAGCUUGAGGGCAAGUUGAAGAGGACAAUGCAGGAGCUGCAGGCUGCACAGCAGCAGGUCACAGCAGCCCAAAUGGCUCCUAAGGCGGAGCAUCCAGUAAUGGCAACCAGCAUGGGGUGGCAGGAGCCACAGGGCAGCAGUCUGCACACGCUGGUCAGCUUUACACAGCAGCCACAUCAGAGACGGCAACGAACUGUGGGGAUCCAGGUGUACACACUGGAGAAACCUACAGUGGUGGAGGUGGGCACGCUGCUCCAAGCAGAGCCCUGCAGCUCCCCAUCACUGCAACCAGCUGGUGGAGCAACAGAGGGACACCACAAAGGACAAACUGAAGAAGGUCCAGUUGAGUUGCCGAUUGCAGUUAGCUCUAAGCAGGUACGCGAUGUCCUGAAAAGCGGGUUGUCUACCUCUGUACCAGUUGCUAAUCCUGCCAUUGUUGUAGCUUCUGGUAAUCAAAUCGGUUUGGUGCACUCAAAAGAAGAGACACAAACGGCUAGUGAGCACAGAAAGUCACAAGCAGCCUCAUCUCCUCAGUCCUCACUAAGAUCAAUUAUGAAGCGGAAAGCACAAGGUGAACCAGGCUCUCCCUCGACAAAGAAAAACCUGCAGUUCAUUGGAGUCAAUGGAGGUUAUGAAUCCACGUCAUCAGACGACAGCAGCAGUGAGAGUUCAGAUGAGGGGAGUGACUCGAGUGAAUAUCAUGAAGCCAGAGAAAAGCUACCAGAGCCUCCCGUCCAGCACCAGCACGCAACCCUCCCUGAGGCUCCCCCGCCCCAAGAAGAACGCACCAGUGUACCUCAGCAACCUGCAGCCAAACCUCCUGACUCGCAGCACGAUCAUUCCACAACUGUAGACACAAGACAGUCGGGGAAACCUCCUCAGUCACCAGCGACAGACACUACUGUGCAAAAAUGUGCCUCAGAUUCCCCCUCAUCUCCAUGUCCAGCUAAGGAUUCUGCCUCUAAAGAAACUGUUGAACAGUUAUCAGAAAACACCCCGGAGAUCACGUCCACGGCACCUACAGCCACGUCCACACCUGGUCAAAACUCCAUUAAACCCUCAGCUACUUCUUCUUCAGCAACAUCUGUCAAUAAAAGCUCUGAAACUGCCAAACAAGAAACACCUGCCCCCUCCAGUCAGCCAGCAGAUGCAGCAGCACCUUUCAAACAAGUCAGAUUGGAGCUGAGCGAAAGCUUCAUGUCAGCUCUAUAUUCCCUGCAGAAAGCUUUGGGGGAACCAAAUGCCUUCAGCCAACAAGGAGCAAGGACGGCCUACACCACCGUGCUGCAGGAGUGGCUGCGUGUGUCCUGUCACAAAGCAGCCGACACAGCUGUUGUCAAGGCCUACAUGGACACGUUCGCCUCCAUCUCCCCUCAGCUGCUGGAGUUUGUGAUCAACAUGGCAGAUGGCAAUGGGAACACAGCGCUCCACUACACCGUGUCUCAUUCCAACUUUCCCGUGGUGAAACUUCUGCUGGACACAGGUUUGUGCAGUGCUGACAAGCAGAACAAGGCGGGCUACACGGCCAUCAUGCUGACGGCUCUGGCUGCCUUCCACACGGACAGUGACCUUCAGACUGUUCUGCAGCUGCUGCGCACGGGGGAUGUCAACGCCAAGGCCAGCCAGGCUGGGCAGACGGCUCUGAUGCUUGCAGUGAGUCACGGUCGAGGGGACAUGGUUCGAGCGCUGCUGUCCUGCGGAGCUCAGGUCAACAUCCGUGAUGACGACGGCUCCACAGCGCUCAUGUGCGCCUGUGAACACGGUCACGUGGAUAUAGUUCGCCAGCUUCUUUCCGUCCAAGGCUGCGAUGCAACUCUCACUGACAACGAUGGCAGCACAGCUCUGUCCAUCGCCCUGGAGGCCAGCCAGAAUGACAUUGCUGUUCUUCUGUACGCUCAUCUCAACUUUGCCAAGCCUCCAUCUCCUGUUUCUCCCAAGCCUCCGUUCUUGGGUUCGUCUCCGCCUUCUGGUGACCUGAAAUAAACCACACUCCUGCAGCUCUGCACCCAUUUCCCCCCAUUUCCCCCCCGUGUAAUUACAAAAAACAUGAGUUUGUUUAUAGGGUUGACUAAUUUAGGUACAUUUUAAUGAGAUGAAUAUUACGUGACAGUUUUUAACCAUUGUUAUACGUUAGUUUUUUAGCGCACAAUUGUCAUUUUGGAAACUUACUUGUGUUUGAAAGUAUAUAGUGUGUAUGAUAAAUGAGUGUGUGUGUAAUCAUCAGCCUGGCAUAACAAACUCACGUCUGCACUGUUUGUAGUGGCACUUACAAAUCAAAACCACCUGAUUUUAUUAUACUGGUCAUUAUUAUUAUUAUUAUUAUUAUACACUUGUUGCUUUAUUUCACAUUGAUCUCAUGUUGAAUUUGAUUGGAGCAAAGAGUUUUUAUUUAAACACGUGGAGUAGCUGUUCCACUGUAGCAUCAUUAUGUGUGACCAUUACUGCCAUCUGGAAUAAAAGAAGCCAACUCUCGUAGAUAAGUGUCCUUGCAUCAACUGGCUCAUUGAUGCUACUAAAUAAUAACACCACCUCAACAGUUAUACUCUAGAUUUAUUUACACCAGAGUAUUUUUAUAAUGUUCUUUUUAUCCAGGACCUCUGAAGUUUAUAGUUUUACCUCCCAGGCAGUUAGCUUAAUUAAAACACAUCAAUUAAAUGCAUGUAUUGACCACAUUUUGGAUGUUAAACCAAAAGUUUUUUUGUUGUUUUUUUCUUUUCCCUGAGCUCUGAGGCUGCACAGUCCAGCGACACCGAUCUGGUAUCAGUGUGAAGAAGGAAAGAAAUUAUUUUCUGCAAUAUUAGAGUUUUUGUAUUUAUAGUCAUGAAGGUAUUUUGGUGGCGGAAAGAAAAGAUCGGAUUGUAUUUGUUUUGCUAUGUGUGUUUGUAAAAUUUUACAAGACAGGGAAGCUAGAUUUGUCAGGGAACGAGUAAGUGAGUCUUAAAAGGUUUGUCUCGUGUAAGUUAUGAAUAUUGAAGUAAUUUUAAACUCCUAAAUACUAUGCCUAAAGUCUAACUCCUUGAACAAAAGCGUGGAGGCUAUCGAUGUCAAAAUGUCUGUUUACUUUUUAAAGAUUUUUGUCACAUUUUUCAUAUUCACUUUUCAGUGAUAAAAUUUUGAUAAACUUUUGACGGUUUUAAUUUAAGUAUCUUGUCUUUUUAUACAUGUAGAUUUUUUAUUCUCACACCUAUUUUAUGUAACAGCACAGCUCUGUAGUUUGUUUUCUGAUGAUUUAUGUACAAUUCUGGACUGUGUCUCUUCUAAUAUGUGCAUUUCAGAAAACAGUUAUUAAAUGUUGACCACU